CGACGUCACUACGUCACUCACCAAAAUUCAAGUAGGGUUUUAGCGCCGAGCAAAACCCUGUGACGGACAGACCCUGCUGUCGGUAGUUUCUCCGGCCACUGAUUCGUUGGCAGUCGAUUUGAUCCAUCCACAGUCCACAUUCUCUGAAUAUUCGCCGGAAUCUCAUGGUGGCAGUUUCACGACGUUACUGUCCAGAAACCUUUAUUAAUGGGAAAUUGGACACCACUUUGGUAGAGUUAAUCUCUUACAGUCUAGCUUUCUAAUCAUCGAGACCCAAGACACUUAUUUGUUUGGUAGAAUCAACGAAUGGCUGCCGCAAGGGAGAUCACAGUGUCAGAGUUCCUGCAGGGUUCACGGAGGCAAAACCUGUUUCUGCAGAGGAGUUCUCGUAAGCAGAUACACCGUUUGCUCUGGGGUUCCCUUCUCCAUCAAAGCUAUUCAAGGAGAAUAUCCAGUGGAGGUGUUACUUCCAGGGUUCUGCUUCCUGUAAAACCCAGGGCUGUAGUUUCUGAAGGGGUGAGCAGUUUGACGAAUGAAGAAUCAAAUGAGCUUGGAAGCUCCGCCGGGGAGGUUAUACAUUUUUAUCGCGUCCCCCUGAUUCAAGAUAAUGCAUCUGCAGAACUUCUUAAGUCAGUCCAAAUCAAGAUUUCCAGUCAGAUUAUUGGUCUCAAAACUGAGCAGUGUUUCAAUAUUGGGCUUAGCUCCGAGCUCUCAAAAGAGAAGCGUGAAGUACUACAAUGGCUUCUCCAAGAGACAUAUGAGCCUCAGAAUCUGGGUACCAAUAGUUUUUUUGACGGGGAGAGACAGAAAGGUGCCUCCACUGUGGUAGUAGAAGUUGGGCCCCGUCUGUCUUUUACGACGGCAUGGUCUGCUAAUGCUGUAUCAAUUUGUCAAGCAUGUGGAUUGACUGAGGUGAGCCGCAUGGAGAGGUCAAGGAGAUAUUUGUUGUACCUUAAGACAGGGUCUGGUUUGCUGGAGGAACAACAAAUUAUUGAGUUUGCUGCAAUGGUUCACGAUCGAAUGAUCGAGUGUGUUUACCCCCAGAAGCUCAUGUCAUUUGAGAUUAGUGUUGUUCCUGAGGAAGUUCGGUUCAUUCCAGUUAUGGAGAGGGGACGGGAAGCAUUGGAGGAGAUCAAUGAGAAAAUGGGUUUGGCCUUUGAUGAACAGGAUUUACAGUAUUACACAAGUCUCUUCAAGAAUGACAUCAAGAGGAACCCAACAACUGUGGAACUCUUUGAUAUUGCACAGUCUAACAGUGAGCACAGCAGGCACUGGUUUUUUAAUGGGAAAAUUGUUAUCGAUGGCCAGCUUAUGGGUAGGACUCUUAUGCAAAUCGUGAAGAGCACUUUGCAGGCAAAUCCAAAUAACUCUGUAAUUGGCUUCAAGGACAACUCGAGUGCAAUCAGGGGCUUCCUGGUGAAACAAUUGCGGCCAGCGCUACCUGGUUCAACAUCUUUGUUGAGCAUUGCUAGUCAUGACCUUGAUAUCUUAUUUACUGCAGAGACACACAACUUCCCUUGUGCAGUGGCACCUUAUCCUGGUGCAGAGACAGGAGCUGGUGGUCGCAUUCGGGAUACCCAUGCUACUGGGAGGGGGUCUUUUGUUGUGGCCUCCACAGCUGGUUACUGUGUUGGCAACCUUAAUUUUGAAGGGUCUUAUGCACCAUGGGAAGAUCUGUCUUUCACAUACCCUUCAAACUUGGCUUCCCCUCUGCAGAUUCUUAUUGAUGCAAGCAAUGGUGCAUCCGACUAUGGGAAUAAAUUUGGUGAGCCAUUGAUUCAGGGGUACACUAGAACUUUUGGAAUGAGACUCCCAGGUGGGGAAAGGCGGGAAUGGUUAAAGCCGAUCAUGUUUAGUGGAGGAAUUGGGCAGAUCGAUCACAUUCAUAUAUCCAAAGGUGAGCCAGAAGUUGAGAUGCUAGUUGUGAAGAUUGGAGGACCAGCAUAUAGGAUAGGAAUGGGUGGUGGUGCAGCAUCAAGCAUGGUGAGUGGCCAGAAUGACGCGGAGCUUGAUUUUAAUGCAGUACAGCGAGGGGAUGCAGAGAUGGCACAGAAGUUGUACCGUGUUGUCCGUGCUUGCAUUGAGAUGGGGGAGAAGAACCCAAUUAUCAGCAUCCAUGAUCAGGGUGCUGGUGGAAAUUGUAAUGUUGUCAAAGAAAUAAUACACCCACAGGGUGCUGAGAUUGAUAUUCGGGCAAUUGUAGUUGGUGACCACACAAUGUCAGUUUUAGAAAUAUGGGGUGCUGAGUACCAAGAGCAAGAUGCAAUACUUGUGAAGCCUGAGAGCCGUGGUCUUCUACAAUCUAUUUGUGACAGAGAAAGGGUGUCGAUGGCUGUUAUUGGAGCUAUCAAUGGUAAGGGUCGAAUUGUUCUUGUGGAUAGCAUAGCUAGGGAACAUUGCCAUUCUAGUGGACUUCCUGAGCCCCCUCCUGCCGUGGAUCUUGAUCUUGAUAAAGUGCUCGGUGAUAUGCCUCAGAAAUGCUUUGAAUUCAACCGGAUGAUUCAAACCCAGAAACCACUUGAUAUUGCCCCUGGGACCACAUUAAUGGAUUCUCUAGAAAGGGUACUAAGGCUUCCAUCAGUUUGUUCAAAGCGCUUUUUGACUACUAAAGUAGAUAGGUGUGUGACAGGUCUUGUGGCACAGCAGCAGACUGUUGGGCCCUUGCAAAUUACACUUGCUGAUGUCGCAGUCAUUGCUCAAACAUAUAAUGAUCUGUCAGGGGGUGCUUGUGCGAUUGGGGAGCAGCCCAUCAAAGGUUUGCUAGAUCCAAAAGCGAUGGCAAGGCUUGCUGUUGGAGAAGCACUUACAAAUCUCGUCUGGGCUAAGAUUACUUCUCUUUCUGAUGUGAAGGCAAGUGGGAACUGGAUGUACGCUGCUAAGCUUGAUGGGGAAGGAGCAGCAAUGUAUGAUGCUGCUAUUGCUCUUUCAGAAGCGAUGAUUGAAUUGGGUAUUGCAAUUGAUGGGGGUAAGGACAGUCUUUCCAUGGCAGCCCAUGCAGCUGGUGAGGUUGUCAAGGCUCCUGGAAAUCUUGUUAUCAGUGUUUAUGCCACUUGCCCAGAUAUAACAUUGACAGUGACUCCAGACCUGAAGCUUGGAAAUGAUGGUGUCCUGGUUCAUGUUGACUUGGCCAAAGGAAAGCGGCGCUUGGGUGGAUCUGCUUUUGCUCAGGUUUUUGACCAAGUUGGAGAUGAAUGCCCUGAUGUCGAUGACAUCCCUUACCUCAAAACAGUUUUUGAGUUUGUUCAGGAACUGCUUACUAGUGGAUUGAUCUCAGCUGGUCAUGACAUCAGUGAUGGUGGGCUGAUUGUUUGUGCCCUUGAAAUGGCAUUUGCUGGGAACUGUGGUAUCCUUUUGGACUUGAAUUCACAUGGUCAUAGCCUCUUUGAAGCACUCUUUGCAGAAGAGUUAGGUCUUGUACUUGAGGUUAGCCAGCAGAACUUGGAUGUAGUCAUGGAGAAGCUGCACAGGGUCGGUAUUUCCUUUGAGGUCAUUGGGCAUGUAACUGCUUCACCCAAUAUAGAACUAAUAGUUGAUGGGGAAACCCAAUUGAAAGAGGAGAUGUCUCACCUCCGAGACAUGUGGGAGGAAACUAGUUUCCAUCUAGAAAGGUUCCAAAGGUUGGCUUCCUGUGUCGAAUCAGAAAAAGAGGGUCUGAAGAAUAGGCAUAAGCCUUCUUGGAUGUUGUCCUUCACUCCUACAUUUACUGAUCAGGAAUGGAUCAAAGCAAGUAAAAAACCAAAAGUAGCUGUAAUCCGAGAGGAAGGUAGCAAUGGGGACAGAGAAAUGUCUGCUGCAUUUUUUGCUGCUGGUUUUGAACCCUGGGAUAUUGCAAUGUCAGACCUUCUUAGUGGGGCAUUCUCUCUACACCAGUUUCGUGGGAUUGUGUUUGUAGGAGGUUUCAGUUAUGCAGAUGUUCUCGACUCUGCAAAAGGUUGGUCAGCCUGCAUAAGAUUCAACCAACCUCUACUAACACAAUUCCAGGAGUUCUAUAACAGGCCCAACACAUUCAGUCUUGGAGUUUGCAAUGGGUGUCAGCUUAUGGCUUUGCUGGGAUGGGUCCCAGGAGCUCAAGUUGGAGGCACCCUUGGUGUGGGUGGGGACCCAUCUCAGCCAAGGUUCAUCCACAAUCAGUCUGGUAGGUUUGAAUGUCGCUUCACCAGUGUGACGAUAGGUAACUCACCUGCAAUAAUGUUCAAAGGAAUGGAGGGUAGUACAUUGGGUGUGUGGGCUGCUCAUGGUGAGGGGAGGGCAUAUUUCCCUGAUAAUGAUGUUUUGGAUCGUGUCCUUAAACUUAACUUGACCCCAUUGAAAUACUGUGAUGAUGAUGGGAAGGUGACAGAAGUUUAUCCUUUCAACCCGAAUGGGUCUCCAUUGGGUGUAGCGGCAAUCUGUUCACCAGAUGGGAGACACCUUGCCAUGAUGCCUCAUCCUGAGCGAUGCUUCCUGAUGUGGCAGUUUCCAUGGUAUCCAAAGGAGUGGGAUGUGGACAAGAAAGGCCCUAGUCCGUGGCUGCGGAUGUUUCAAAAUGCCAGGGAGUGGUGUUCUUGAGGCCAGUUAGCUCAUAAAGAGGCAAGCCCUCAAUCCCCCUUCCCAAGGAAGAAAAAAAAAAGGUCUACAAUGCUUUCAAAGGCCAGAAGGCGGAUCUUUCCUUCUUAAACUGUUUCUAUUUAAAUGCUUGUCUUAGUAAAUAUUUAUCACCCAUAUGAAUAGGUUUUAGAAAGUGAAGUGGGAAAAUAAAGAUUGACUUUCUCAUUAAUUCUCCUGUUCCUUUUAGCAAUUCUUGCAAUUCCCAAUGUUAUAGGUUCUUGGCUUUUCUUUUGUGGUGCAAAGUUUAUAUCUGAGAUCGUUUGAUAUUUAUUAUGGAAACUGUUUUUUC